AUGGAUUGGUGCUUUAUUCUUCAUGGCUGUGUAAUUCUGAUGAAUCUGUUCAUAUUUUCUGAUGGAUGUCAAAUUCAGCCGAUGGAGAAAUCAAACGUUCAAUGUGACACUUGCCUGGAGGAACAAUAUUCGGUGGAAGUUUGCAGUCAAGCCACGGGCCGGAAUCACAGAUUAAACAACUUCACCGUGUUGAGCUCAAACGCCCAGGUCUUGUCUCGCGAUUUUAUCAAUAACAGAACUGCCUUAAAGUUAGAUAUUUCAAGGGAGUAUUCAGAGUACAGAAGAGGCUAUCUUUUUAUCUUUAUAAUGGAUGACGAUGACAGAUUAUUAUGUAAAUCGACCUUAUUUCCAAGAUGUAGAGCCCAACUGGCGUCUCUUGCCCUGUCAGUCAACGGGAGAAGUAGUACAGGCCCAGAAAUUCAUCAGCUGUUGGAUGUACGUGCUGUUACAGAAGAUUGGAUAAGUGAAAUUACGACCAGCGGAUGUAAUUCGUCUUAUCUGAAGAUUUCAUUUGACGUAAAGAGUCGUGACGUUAAAUGGUACGCAGUGGAAUUAUGGGAUAGCAAGAACAAUCUCAUAAAAGCGGAUAAAACUGAAAAGAAUUACAUCGUAUUCAGGAAUGUCACAAAAGGAUUAUAUUAUGCAGUGGUAUGUAUAUUUUCAUUGAAGAAUCAAGUCUUAGCUUAUUCUCAAAUGUAA